AUGUCGGCCCUGAGGAGGCCGGGGUUCGGCCCCGGCGGCUAUGGCCGCUACCUGGGGCCCGCCGGGGACCCGACCCCGCCGCCGCCGCCGCCCCCUCCGCCGUGGAGGCAGCGCGGGGGCAGCCCGGCCGAGGCCGGCUGGGCCGGGGCUGGAUACUACCCGGCCGCCGGGCCCUGGGAGGCCCCGGCUCCCACCGCCGGACACCAGGAUCACUCGCCUUAUACUAACUACGGAUCCAACUACUGGGAUUCUGCUGCUCAACAGAGAGCUUCCUACCUGAGCACUUAUCCUGUAAGACCGGAUUUGCAAGGCCAGGGAAUGGAUUCCUACCCAGAUGAAGCCUAUGGGCCUCACUACCCGCCAGGGUCAGGAGCGAGCACCCCGCCAUACUCUGGGACUUACUACUCGUCUGUACAUUCUCAAACCCCUUACCCUACCGAGGCCCAAAGCACAUACCGCUCCCCCGGCACCAGCCCGUCCCCAGUCUCUCGAUGGACUUACCCCCAGCAGGACGGUCAGUCGGAAGGGCCCUCUCUCAGGGGCCAAGUUCCAGGGUACUCCGCCUCCCAGAGCCCAGGGAUGGCGCUUCCCCAUUAUCCAUAUGGGGAUGGGAAUCCUAGUAUCCCACAGCCUGGACCCCCACCACAAUCCCAGGAGGAAGCAUGGGCCUCGUCAGGAGUUUAUGGAAUGACACCGCACUACCCCUGGCCUUCUGCUUCAUCAGCUGCCCCUCCUGGGAAUCUCUUCGUGUCAGGGUCUACUUCUUCUUGGCCCAGCAGCGGGUCCCCUCAACCAACCCCUUCACCACCAUCACCACCGCUCCCUCCCUCCUUGGAUUCCAAGGAUUCCUCCUAUCCCUACAGCCAACCAGAACAAGGCAUGAACCAGCACAGUUUUCCCUGCCAUGCCCACCAAUACGAAUCAUCUGGGACCAUGAAUAACAACAACAAGCCAGACCCGUUCAGCUCCAAGGUGCAGUACAGCGCUCAGCCUCAGUUGUACAGAAACUCAGUCAAGAAAGAGCGUAGCAGUCAAGACGUGGGUUUUAAAUCUCCCAGUGAGCCUUCAUCUUCGGACUCCCCAGAUCAUCUGCCGGGGAUUAAAAAAAUUAUUCAGGUCCUGGAGAAAGUCCAGUACUUGGAACGCGAGGUGGAGGAGUUUGUAGGGAAAAAGACAGACAAGGCCUACUGGCUCCUAGAAGAAAUGCUAACUAAGGAGCUCUUGGAACUGGAUUCGGUCGAGACUGGUGGCCAGGAUGCCAUUCGGCAGCCUAGGAAAGAGGCCGUUUAUAAGAUCCAGGCCAUACUGGAAAAACUGGAAAGAAAGGGAUUAUGAGAUGCUCGUGGAACUCUUAGUGGUGGCUAGUUAUCAACUGUCUCGGUUUGCAGCUAAUUCUCACCCCUCUGUCGAAACUGCUGUCGAUGACAAGAUGCAAUAAAUUCUGACAUUUUCA